AACUCAUCGCUGGGACACGUCACCUUCCUUUCUAUGCUCUCUUGAUGAAACCAUCUCUCUCUCUCUGUGUGCAAAAAAUCGAGUUACACAGAGAAGGCAUAUGAGAUAAUUGUUUGACCUAAUUAGGGAAAUGAACAGCAGUAAAAUGCAUCCAUCAUAAGCACGCCAAAACAUCAUCUGAUGAGUUUACUUCCAUUUUAUUUUUAUUUUUUUCCCUGAUGAAUGGUGUUUACUUCACUUUGCUCGUUUACUUCGAUCGGUCUCGCCAAUCCUACCAGAAGAAGCUAAAAACGGCCUCUCUUUAGAAAUAGGGCGUAGGACGGAGGAGGAGAUGAGAAAAACAAGAACACUUCCAGCUCUGAAUUUCACUCUGCAUGCAUAAGUUGCAGGAUUAGGCUGAUUGCAGAAGAUUCGUGACUUCUGCAUGUGGCUGUGUUGUGCGACUACCUUGGUCCUUCCUGAUUAGUGAUGGGGUUUAGCGCAUGUGUUUGAAUGCAAGGGUCAGGUUGCGCUGGUAGGUAUCUGAGGAAUUCAGGAAUUGAGGAUGAUGAGUAAUGGCCACAGCAACAGCAGCAAGAGCCUUGAAAGGUUUAUAUCUCGGAGGGCUCUGCAGAUGGGGAGCUCUGCUCCCUGCAAGACAUGGGCACUGGGCUUCUUCUGUGGUGUCUGCAUUGUGUACCUGUUUGGUGUUGCUCUCCCACCUAUCCAAAUCCUGAUGAUCCGAUCGGUACAUCCACCGGUUCGGCGAGCAAUCUUGUUGAAUUCAACAUCAACUGAACCUGGUGGAGCUACAGAAACAGAUGACUUAUCUGUUUUACAAGAAAAGAUAGAAAUAGCCACCAAUAGCAAGGACAUCAAUGAAGCUGAUAAAAUGCAUUUGUAUAAUGCUUGGAGCACUUUACUGGAUACGACCAGUGAUGAAGUUAUGAAAAGUUCAGACGUGCCGCGGCCGCCUCAUCUGGAGAAUUGCAGGCUUAAAUGGGAAAGAAAUAAGAAAUUUGACAGUUAUAGCGACAACGGCGUAUUUCCUCCUUGGACAUUAUGGAAAGGGUCACUUGGUCUUGAGUUAUUCAACCAGAACUAUUCAGAUUCAGAAGAGUGGAGGCAAAUGUUUUUCAGGUCAAAUGCUAAAUCUGACAGGGCGCCAUAUCCACCUUGGAUUGCAGGAUCAGAUGAAGAAAACUAUCCACUGACCAGACAAGUGCAGAGAGAUGUAUGGAUUCAUCAACAUCCUCCAAACUGCAGUGAUCCAAGCUUGAGGUUUCUCUAUGCAGACUGGGAGAGGCUACCGGGAUUUGGUAUAGGUGCGCAACUCGCUGGAAUGUCGGGACUUCUUGCUAUUGCUAUAAAAGAGAGAAGGAUUCUAGUUGCAGGAUACUACAACCGUGCUGAUCACAAUGGUUGUAAAGGCCUAGCAAGAUCUAGCUGGUCAUGCUACUUUUUACCUGAAACAUCUGCAGACUGCCAGAAACGUGCUUUAGAUCUCAUGCAAAGCAAAGAUUCUAGGGAAAAUGGAAUUAUAAAAGUUAAGGAAAACUAUACCUCCAAGCAAAUAUGGGCUGGGCAUAUACCUAGGAUAUGGGGGAGACCAUGGAAAUAUAUGCAACCGACAACAGAGAUAGAUGGGAGAUUGGUUAAAAAUCAUUGUAAAAUGGAUCGGAGAUGGUGGAUUGCACAGGCCCUGAGAUACCUAAUGAGGUUCCAGUCAGAGUACAUGUGCAGAUUACUGAAUGUGGCUAGACAUUCAGCAUUUGGCAUGCAGGCAGCAAAGAUGGUUCUUGAAAAUGUCCCAGAUCCACCAAAGCCUAGCAUUAGCAGAACAGAAUCUGACAUUGAGCGACUUGUGUGGUCGGAGCAUAAACCAUAUAUACCCGGGCCUCUUAUCAGUAUGCAUGUAAGGAUGGGAGAUAAAGCUUGUGAAAUGGAAGUAGUUGGCUUUGAGAAAUACAUGGAGUUGGCUGGUCGUCUUCGAAAACGUUUUCCAAGUCUCAAGAACAUCUGGCUUUCUACUGAAAUGCAGGAAGUUAUCGACGAAACAAAAUUAUAUCCCAAAUGGAAUUUCUAUUUCACAAAUGUGACGCGCCAAGAUGUCAAUGUGAGCAUGGCAAUGUAUGAGGCCAGCCUGGGCCGUGAGACCAGCACAAACUAUCCCCUUGUCAAUUUCAUCAUGGCCACUGAAGCAGAUUUCUUCAUUGGAGCCCUGGGAUCAACCUGGUGCUACCUCAUCGACGGCAUGCGGAACACCGCAGGAAAGGUGAUGUCUGGCUAUCUGUCGGUGAACAAGGACCGGUUCUGGUAAGCAAUUCAGAAGCUGCUAAACCUUGUUCAUUGUAUUUUAGCUCCUCUGAAUAGAUAUGUUUGGCCUAAGUUUGCUUCUGUACGGCAAUAGGGCAUGUAUAUAUGCACCAUCCUAGCAGAUAACUUUAGCGUGUGAAACUUCUGAGCUAAUAGGAAAACAGUAUCGUUAUAUCAAAUCAGGUCCAUAUAUUUUGAUCUGGUAUCCACUUAAUCCUAGAUAUAUAUUAUCCUGAGGUCCAGUGUACCCAAGAAAAAAGAGGAUGCACUUACCAAAUUUUCAGUGGUACUCAUAAUGCUGAUAAGUGGUACACGAGAGAUCCAA